ACGGCCGGACUGCAAUUCCCAAAAGCAGCCGCGGGCCCUCCGCAUCCGGGACACCGUCUGCAAGGAUCCCUGGGUAUUGUGGUCCGUUCCUUUGGCAGCACCCCUCGGCCGACGGUAAAAUUCCAGCUGAACCGAGGACCACAACUCCCAGCAACCCUUGCCGCCAUGCGGGGGGUCUUCACGUUCUCGUGGCGCGGCGCAGGCGCACUGAGUCCUCGGCGCGGACCGCGCAGACUGAAUAAUAAAAGGGGAGCGGCGAAGAGGCAGGAAGACAGGACCAUGUCGAAGGGCCCCGGGCCCGGCGGCUCCGCAGCUUCCUCGGCGCCCCCGGCCGCUACCGCUCAGGUGCUGCAGGCACAGCCCGAGAAACCGCAGCACUACACGUACCUGAAGGAGUUCCGCACGGAGCAGUGCCCGCUCUUUGUGCAACACAAAUGCACGCAGCAUCGGCCCUACACCUGCUUCCACUGGCACUUCGUGAACCAGCGCCGCCGCCGGUCCAUCCGCCGUCGGGACGGCACGUUCAACUAUAGCCCCGACGUCUACUGCACCAAGUACGACGAGGCCACGGGCCUCUGCCCGGAGGGCGACGAAUGCCCGUUCCUGCACCGGACCACAGGGGACACUGAGCGCAGGUACCACCUGCGUUACUACAAAACUGGAAUCUGCAUCCACGAGACGGACUCCAAAGGCAACUGCACCAAAAACGGCCUGCACUGCGCUUUCGCCCACGGGCCCCAUGACCUCCGCUCCCCCGUCUACGACAUCAGGGAGCUCCAGGCCAUGGAGGCCUUGCAGAAUGGCCAGGCCCCCGUGGAGGGCAGCAUCGAGGGUCAGUCCGCUGGGGCUGCAAGCCACGCCAUGAUAGAGAAGAUCCUCAGUGAAGAGCCGCGGUGGCAAGAGACCGCGUACGUGCUGGGGAACUAUAAGACGGAGCCGUGCAAGAAGCCGCCGCGGCUGUGCCGCCAGGGUUAUGCCUGCCCCUACUACCACAACAGCAAGGACCGGCGGCGGAGCCCCCGGAAGCACAAAUACAGGUCGUCUCCAUGUCCAAAUGUGAAACACGGGGAUGAGUGGGGAGACCCAGGCAAGUGCGAGAAUGGAGACGCCUGCCAGUACUGCCACACCCGCACGGAGCAGCAGUUCCACCCGGAGAUCUAUAAGUCCACCAAGUGCAACGACAUGCAGCAGGCGGGCAGCUGUCCCCGUGGACCUUUCUGCGCCUUCGCCCACGUAGAACAGCCGCCCCUCAGUGACGAGCUGCAGCCUUCCUCCGCUGUGUCCAGCCCCACGCAGCCGGGGCCCGUCCUGUACAUGCCAUCUGCUGCCGGAGACUCGGUGCCCGUGAGCCCCUCCAGCCCACAUGCCCCUGACCUCAGCACUCUCCUCUGUAGAAACAGCAGCCUGGGCAGCCCGUCUAACCUCUGCGGCUCCCCCCCGGGCUCCGUGAGGAAACCCCCAAACCUGGAGGGCAUUGUCUUCCCUGGGGAGUCCGGCCUGGCCCCUGGCAGCUAUAAGAAGGCUCCUGGCUUCGAGAGGGAAGACCAGGUGGGAGCCGAGUUCCUGAAAAAUUUUAAAUGCCAGGCCAAGUUAAAACCCCACUCCCUAGAGCCCAGGAGUCAAGAGCAGCCUCUGCUUCAGCCCAAACAGGACAUGCUGGGCAUCCUCCCCGUGGGCAGCCCCCUGACCUCAAGCAUCUCUUCUAGUAUCACCUCCAGCCUGGCAGCUACUCCCCCUAGCCCCGCGGGCACCAGCAGCAUCCCUGGCAUGAAUGCAAACGCUCUGCCCUUCUACCCCACCAGUGACACGGUAGAGUCGGUCAUAGAGUCUGCCCUGGAUGACCUGGACCUCAACGAGUUUGGGGUGGCCGCCCUGGAGAAGACUUUCGAUAGCAGCACCGUGCCCCACCCGGGCAUCACCACCAUCGGCGGCAGCUUGCUGCAGAGUUCUGCGCCGGUGAACAUCCCGGGCUCCUUGGGCAGCUCCGCCUCCUUCCACUCAGCAUCCCCGUCCCCUCCCGUCAGCCUCUCUUCACAUUUCCUGCAGCAGCCCCAGGGCCCCCUGAGCCAGUCAGAAAACACAUUUCUGGGGACCUCAGCAUCACAUGGAUCUUUGGGUCUGAACGGCAUGAACAGCAGCAUCUGGGAGCACUUUGCCUCUGGAAGCUUCUCCCCGGGUACAUCCCCUGCCUUCCUGUCAGGACCCGGGGCUGCCGAGCUGGCCCGGCUUCGGCAGGAGCUCGAGGAAGCGAACAGUACCAUCAAGCAGUGGGAGGAAUCCUGGAAGCAGGCCAAGCAGGCUUGUGAUGCCUGGAAGAAGGAGGCAGAGGAGGCUGGUGAGCGGGCCAGUGCGGCGGGCGCCGAGUGUGAGUUGGCCCGGGAGCAGCGGGACGCGUUGGAGGUGCAGGUGCAGAAGCUGCGGGAGGAGCUAGAGCGGCUACACUCAGGGCCCGACCCGCAGGCCCUGCCCGCCUUCUCCGACCUGGAGGCCCUCUCGCUCUCCACCCUCUACUCCCUCCAAAAGCAGCUGCGGGCCCGCCUAGAGCAAGUGGACAAGGCCGUGUUCCACAUGCAGUCGGUGAAAUGCCUUAAGUGUCAGGAGCAGAACCGCGCGGUGCUGCCGUGCCAACAUGCCGUGCUGUGCGAGCUGUGCGCCCAGGGCAGCGAGUGCCCCGUCUGCCAGCCGGGCCGGGCCCACGCCCUCCAGUCGUGACCCUGCAGGCCCGGCCCCGGCCUGGCUCACAUCUUCCCACCUAGGACUUUUUAAAGUAUAUAUAUAUAUGUAUGUAUGUAUGUAUGUAUAUGUAUAUGAUUAUGUAUAUGUAUACAUCUCCGUGCGUGUGCAGGUAUGCGUGGGCGAACAGUGUGACAGUGUCUGUGUGUAUAUCUGUGUGUAGAUAUAGACACACACUUUAAAACAGACUUACCAAGCACUUUUUAAAAGAAGAACUAUUUUGCAGUCCUCCCCUGCCCACUCCCACCUCCCCCUCCCCCUUCUCCCACCGCCUUCCGGCAGGGAGUCCCGUUGUCUCUUUUAUAUGCAGGACUAACUAUUUUUAACUUUUCCUGGGGCCUGAGCAGGGGAGGUGGGAAGCUAGAAGGGGCCGAGGGGAGAGGAGAGGCCUUCAGGGCAGGCCCUGGUCGUCCCCCCUUCCUAGGCCAGGGCCAGGGGCUUGGAGGCCCAGGCAGACCUGCUUCCAGCUGUGAGGCCUGAGGGGAGUGCUGGGGUCCAGGCCAGCCUGGCUCCUGGGUUUACCAAAUGCAUAUUUAGUUCGGGGCUGGCAGGCCCAAGUAGCCCCGCUCCCAACCCCAGGCCCUUGAAGCCCUCAAGGGUCAAGGCCUGGGAGUUGGACCCCUCAGGUUCCUGAGGCAGUGGGUCUGCCUCAGCCCUCCCCCGUCCAGAGCAGCCUCCCUGGCCCCAGGGCCACCUACCAGGCUGGCACUGCCCUCUCCAUCACCCCCUGCUGCCUUCAGCUGUCCCCCCUGAUGGCUGCGGACUGAGGACCAGGGGGCUCAGGCCCUGCCCCCCCCUCCGCCAGGAGGGGCUCCGAAUGCAUUCCUUGGUGCUCUCUGAGUGCAGCUGCCGUCCUGCCGCUUUGGCCGGACGCCGUGUGCAUGUGUGUGCGUGCCUGUCCGAUGUAUAGUGUGUCUUAGCUUCCAUUUUAAAAUUGUUCUGUACAGACAGAUGCAGCGGGUGGAGGGCGGAGUGGCGUAGGGCAGCCACCGCUGCCGGCGCUGGGUGUCUGGGGUGGGAGCAAGAGCGCUGCAAGGCUCGGGCCCCAGCCCCCCUUGUGCUCAGCACGAAAGGGCUUUCAAUGAAUUAAGUGAAAACUUUCUUUUUUUACAAAAAUGCAAAAAUCAACAAAGCUCCAAACUUAUUGGGAAUAAAAUAUGAACUUGCAA